AUGGAUCUGCCCAACAGCAGUAACCUGAGAUCCCCAGCUCUGUCGGCGAGGGCUGUUGAGACGAGUGUUGUCUUUUCUUCGCCUUCCACAAUCAAACAUCGGCCCUUUGAGAUUGACCAGACGUUUACUUUGGGAUCGAGUGGCGCGUGUGCGCAGCCGGCCCCUUCGCAAUAUAGCGUGACCGGCACAGCUGGGGUGAAUACGGUGAGCACUAAGCGGCAGGAGCCAGACGACGAGCUCUCAAUUUGGGAGUAUCACGGACCGAAGUCGUACCUGUCAAUUUGCUCAGAACCAGGCAUCAGCUGGGUCACCGAUCGCAUAAGAGAACCUAGCUUCCGUGAUAUUGCCACCACUUUCACAAGGGAUGUCGCACGGCGACUAAAGACCAACAAGAGACUAUCGGCCAGAAGGACGCCUGAACCGGAGCCGGAUUUGGCAUGGAAAUAUACAAGGGGCAAGUCCCACCUCAGAUACUUCGAGGGAGCCGUCGACGCUGCGUUGGGAGUGGUUCAUCGCCCCUGGUUUGAGUCGAAACUCGCGGCUCACAUGAAUGCGGGCGAUCAUGACGACGACGAUCCUGGCUGGUAUGCCCUCCGCAACACCAUCUAUGCCGCCGGGUGUCGCGUGGAAGAGUCCAAGACCAGGAAUAUAUGCGAUGUGAAUAAAGCAGCCUGGGGAUGGUUUGAGAAUGCGCUUUCGGUGCACACAGAAAUCCUAUAUUUUCGAACGUCCAUGGUCGGCAUCCAAGCAUUGACACUGAUGGCGUAUUAUUGUGAAAACAUUGCGAGCCCCUGUCUGGAAUAUAUGCUAUGUUCCAGCGCUUUCCGGCUGGCUGUUUCAAAGGGGCUCCACCGCCAGUCCGUUACUUCGGCCAGAUUGAGUAACGACGAACAAUGCAAGCGAAGUCUUGUCUUUUGGGCCAUUUAUUGCUUGGAAAAGCAUGUCGCUAGUCACUCGGGAAGGCCUUCGAUCAUCGACGAUGGCGAAAUCAACUGUCAAAUCCCGCAGACGCCGCUCCCAGGCAGUUCUGCCAAUGUCUUCUACUAUGACACGUUGACGAGACUUGCACAACUCUCCUCCCGGGCAUACACGAAGGCUUUCUCCUACCAAGCAUUGCAGAACAUUUCACAAACCUUGAUCGGCGAAAUCGACGCCCUGGACGGUCAACUCGAAGCCCUCAAGAGAUCCAAAGAGCAUAUUUUCCCUCUGGACAAGCCCAUUCACGCCGUCUCCCCACUGCCGUCUCUCAGUCGUCAUCAGGCUCUGUAUCUGCAAUAUGCAUACUACAUUACCAUUCUCGACAUUCACACCUUUCUCGCCAUUCCUUGGGCCGAGAGUACCCUUUUUCCCCUGCACGAGCCGUCUCUUGCAAGCCAAAUACAUCGGUCAACGCAAAAGGUCGCAAGUGCGUGUCGCGAGAUCAUUCUGGCCACGACAAAUAUGAAUUUUGACGCCAGCAGUCCACAUCCACUCACCUUUUACGGCCCCAUGUACGCAUUCAUCAAUCUGUUUAUUCAUAUUUUGAGGUUUCCCAACGAUCCCAAUAUCCGCACGGACGUGUCGAUGCUGAGCAUCUGCGCGGGCCACUUUGCUCGGCUGGAUUUCGCCACGGAUUCAGAGAUAUCGUUCCCAUUCGUGACCGAGGUUGCCGCCCUGGCCACAAAAGCGGCUCGUUUAUCACGGCCACGGUAUCCUCUGAGCCGGGAUAGCUUUGGCGAAUCUGAAAGAGGAGGACCGGUCGAGCCCAGCAUGGGAUUUCCCCAAGCAGCAGGCGAGAUUCCGCCAAUUCCAGAUUGCAAUAGCAACAUGACGAAUGGCUUCGAUGCGGGACUCGACGACUGGUGUCUGAUGCUUCCAUUGUCGGAUUUUGACUACGACUUGCCCAAUCUUUUCGUCUCGUGA